UGGGAGGUGUCCGGUAGGUGGCGCCAGCGCUGUAACAGACUGGCUGCUACAAUGUUACACUGUGUGGAAUAAUAACACGGAAGUACACAGUCCUUGUGUCUGGGAGGAGGUACAUGGCUACCGCAGUUUCAGAGCUGAACUCGUUCACACGCUGUGCUCAGUGUGAUCAGUAACGGAUAGUGUUCAGCUCAGAGGAUCCCUGAUAUAACUGUUCCAGUUCAGACAGUCUUCACUUCAGCAGAGGAUAAAAGAACGCAUCGUGUUUAUGAGACGCGUCUCUGAAAUGAAAGAAGAGAUGGAUAUGCGCGCAUCCUCCGCGUCUCUCCUGGAAGAAGAACUCGCCUCUGCUAUCGAGCCUGCAGUGAAAGCGGCUGUGCUGAGCGUCAUGUCUGCAUUAGCAAAGUUCGUGGACAGUAAAUGUGCAGUUUUCCACCUCAGACUGGACGAGAGAGACCACGAAUUUGAAAGCGUGAGAUUGCGAUUGGAAAUAGCGGAGAGCGAGUUGAAAGCCGUAAGCGAACGAAAAUACCCGAACACUGGCGAGAACGCUGCACAGUCUGUCACGAACACCAGUGAACAGCACAUCGAUAUCAUCCAUCAACCGAGAAGCCAGAAGGAAGGGCACCGUGUGAAACGCCUCUCAUUUUUCAGGGAGGGUGAAGCUGUAAGUCACGAAUUCAGCGACAGUGUUGUUGCUCACGGGCUGCCAGCCACUACACGCGAUUACUCCACUCUACCAGCUCAGCCAGUCCGGGAGCCGGAGCCUGCAGUCCACACCGCACUGAAAAACUCCCGGGUUUUAAUCCAGGAGGAUGGAAGCUAUUCCGAGCAGGACCUGCUGAUGCGAGGUGAUGAACAGAUGGGCCACACAAGCACAGCGGGGUGGAGAAGAGCAGUGGAAGGUCCUGCACAGAGAAAUGCUCUCCCUCAUGCUCAGGAAGGGUUGAAGGCAGAAUCAGCUCCCAUUCAAGAGGAGCUCUUUGCCCAGGAAUGGUGCAGGAGUCCAAAGCAGGGUACAGAGCUGACAUCUAUUGAAGGGAAGGAGGAGGAGGAACCUGCACUAGAUCCUGAGCACAUUAAUGAAGAGAUCCCUGGAAUUGAACCGGUCAUCAUUAAAGAGGAGGUUCUUGAACUUGAAUCUGACCCCAUUGAAGAGGGGGGUUCUGACCACUUUGAAAGACGACAACAAACUCACACAGGCGAGAAACUGCAUCUCUGUACUGUGUGUGGGAAGAGUCUGUGUACAUCAACAGAGCUGAAAAGACACCACCGAAUUCACACAGGGGAAAGACCGUACUGCUGCACUGAAUGUGGAAAGAGUUUCAAUACCUCUACAGAUCUGAAAAGACACCGUCGUAUUCACACAGGGGAGAAGCCGUAUUCCUGCACUCAGUGUGGGAAGAGUUUCAAACAGCUACACCAUCUUAAAACACACCAGCAAAUUCACUAUCGAAAUAAACUGUUUCACUGUAGUGGAUGUGAGAAGAGUUUCACUCAGUUAGAAACCCUGACAUUGCAUCAGCAAACUCACACAGGAGGGAAACCUUAUAGCUGCACUGAGUGUGAGAAGAGUUUCAAACAAGCAUCACAGCUUAAAGCUCACCAACUAAUUCACACAGGACAUAAACAGUAUCCUUGUUCUGACUGUGGGGAGAGUUUCAUUCUGUCUACAGACCUGGAAAGACACCAGCAAACUCACACAGAAGAGAAACCGUAUCACUGUUCUGAGUGUGAGAAGAGUUUCAGUCAAGCAUCGCAGCUUAAAGCCCACCAGCGAAUUCACACGGGAGAGAAACAGUAUCACUGUGCUGACUGUGGGAAGAGUUUCAUUCUGUCCGGAGACCUGAAAAGACACCAGCAAACUCACACCGGAGAGAAACCUUAUAGCUGUGAUUUCUGUGGGAAGAGUUUUGCCCGCUCAGGAGCACUGACAGUACAUCAACGAAUUCACACCGGAGAGAAGCCGUAUACCUGUGAACACUGUGGGAAGAGAUUCAAUCGGACAGAACAUUUGGUGUCACACCUUCGGGUUCACACAGGGGAGCAGUCGACUCACUGCGCUCAAUAAGAGAGAUUUUAUUUUCCACUCCCAGUUGAAAAAGCACACAGUAUCCAGACACUUCAAUAGGAGCAGCAGCACUGUACCUUCAUCACAAGAGGACUCAGUCUAGUGGAAGUGGAGAGUGUAUCAGACCCUGAGAUGCAAUUGGGCUUUUUGAUCCCCUUGUCAAAAUGAACUUGUCUUCUGAUCCCUGAUUGUCUGAGUUAUUAAAAUGUAAAUCCUUGAAAAGACGUCAGAUUUUUUGCAUGGGUGUAUAUUAUAGUUUCAUGAAUACAAGCUUCAUUUAAUUCAUACUUUGACUUUUCUGAUCGCUGCAGUGACAGGAACCCAACAAACACAGACAAAAAAGCCCCAUUAAAUAGUAUAGCAGUGUUGUUUUUGUGUUUGUUUUUGUGGUCUUCCUGAAUGAAUAGCUAAUCAUCUCCUCUUUAGAAAUUGGCAAAUGGUUUUAAUGUUCAAACCAUGUUGUAGGAACAUAACAGCUUAAUACGAUUCAGCAUGCAUGCCUGAAGGCAGCUGGCCUAGUCUCUGUGACAAGCAGAAAGACAAGGAGUGUAGUCUUUGUUCUUUGUGUUUCAAACUUAUUUAUAAUUGUACAGAUUCUGCAGUAUAUUAAUAAAAGAUGAAAAAGGGAGUAGUCUGGCUCGGUAACCAUAGCUGCACCAAUCAGAGAGGCCCACAGGCUUGACCAAGUUUGACUCCCUAGAAGUGCCAGGUGUUGCAGCUAAUUCAAUAUAGUUGUUGUGAGCAAUGAAAGCUAUGGUAAGUUUGGAAAACUUAAAGGGCAACCAAGAGGCUGUCUUCAUCUUUAGGGUCAGGCAAAAGGGAGCUUCUUUUAACAUCUUGGACUGCAACUACCCACAUAAAUAUGUGACUUCUUAAACUACAGCUCUGAAUGAUAUCUAGAAAACACCCAAUAAUCAAUACAAUUGAAAAAGACUCAAUGAUAGUUUAAAUGACAUUAAAAUAGAAAGAGCUUAUCUGGGAUCAUCAUGAGGGAGGAUAACUAAUGAUUAAACAAUUAAUUGACUGAAUGGAUCUACUGCGAAUGGUCCAUUUUACUGAAGAAUUUCUGUUUUGUUAAACAAAGACCGAAAGAGGACAGCGUACUACAAGAUGUGACACACUGUCUCAACGCUGCAUCAGCUAACACAUUCAGGAAUCCUAAAGUAAAGAAAGCAAGCAUACUUGGGAAUUACAUUAAUGUAUAUUUGCAGAAAGGCUGAUAGUGGUGUAAAAUAAACGUAGUGUAUGUUAUAUUUAAUUUUCUUACAAAAGAAAGCCUAAUUUUAAUCUUCCAUGAAAGUGAGUUACAGCUAACAGCUAGAAUAAUUGAUCUGUGAACUUGAAUAAAGGGUGCUGAAUCUUCCUUGAACAGGUGAAUGUGUGAUAAAAUGAUUUUGUGCCGUGACUCUAAUUUAAAGGGUAUAUGUUUAACAACUGAUGGAUAAAUAAUUAGAACAAUUUUGUACUAUCCUGUUAAUUAGAAUUCAACAAAUUUAUAUUUAUUUAUUCAAUAAUCAUGCUUGCAUGUUCAUAUUAUUAUAUCAAGAAUAUAAUUAGUUCUUACAGAAUAGACAAGGUCAUGCGUUGCUUUCACCUGCCAUUCACACUGCAUAACUGUUACUGCUUGUGCACAUUAAUGCUAUUUUGUUAUUAAUCUUCUAUACUUUUUUUUACUGUAUUUUAUUUGUAAAUUUCUGUUAAU